UACAGAAUUCAUUGGUUUUUUUUUCUCGUUUUCCAUAAUUCCGUCUGUUUCGCCGAUAUUCUCGGUCUCUCUAGUAUCUCAUACUAUAUUUUAGUUCCAUAUUCCAUAAACCUCUCUCACGUGCAGUCACGUACUAUCAAUUUCGUCAAAAUUUGUUCAUUGCUAGUCCGGACCGGGAGUUCGAUUCGUUUCCAAGGGUCGGCUCAUUGAUUCGAGUUGUUUAUGAGCUACACAUCUCUAGGAUUUGGACUUGGACGAUCAUUCAGGGAGGUUCGCCAUGAUAACGACCGAAGUCUCGAAGACUGCCAUUAGCGCUGCCGCGGCCGGCAUCGCGGGCUUAUGCUUUGUCGGAUACUGCAUAUACUUCGACCGGAAGCGCCGCAGCGAUCCGCACUUUAAGUCGAAUCUACGCAAGAAGCGGCUGCUGGCAAAGGAACACGAGCUCGCAGCGCGAGCAGCCAAGUCGGCGUUCCCAGACUUUACUGACCAACAGGCUGUCCAGCGGUUCUUCUUGCAGGAGGUGCAAAUGGGUGAAUCGUACUUGGAACAAGGUGACGCAGUCCGAGGUGUUGAGCACUUGGCCAACGCGGUAGUGGUGUGCGGCCAGCCCACCGAGCUGCUCAACGUUCUGCAGCGCACGCUGCCCGACCCCGUGUUCGAAAUGCUCAUUAAGAAGCUGCCGGAAUUGGGCAAGAACCUGAUGCGCCGACAGCCGCCACAGCAGCCUGCCAAACAACCGUCGUCGUCUUUCGGUGGCCCGGUCAUCAGCGAGUUGGACGUGUCCGACGUCGAAUAGUUUUUUUUUUUUUGUCGAUUAUUAUUUACUAAUGUCGUUUCGUCGUUACGAUGAUAAUAUUAUAAUAUUAUUAUACUGUAAUGCGCGUGUGCAGUGUACAAUAAUAUUGUAUAGAGAUCGCCACCACACUGCCUCCCUACACCAUCACAACUCCACCCUGCGCGUUUUCGUGUAAUAUUGUAAUAUAAUUAUUUUUUUUUCAAUAAGUAAUAAAUUUUUUAGACACUUUAAAAGUAUAGACUGUCGCUGUAGAAAAAAUAUUUUAUUUAUAAAUGACGACGACGACGACGACGACGACGACGACGACGACUGUUCAGCGGUAUUAUAUACGAUAAAUAAUAAUAGUAAUAAUAAUAAUAAUGUAAGUCUUUUUAGGCCGACAUCAAUCGGUCGCUUGUCGUGAAUAGUUUCAUCGUCUUCCGGGGCGAUGACGGUAGCGAUUUAAGCACUAUUUUAGGGGGGACGGGUUUCGGGUAAUCGUAUUUUUAUUAUUCAUAACGUACAAAUUAAAAUUAAAAUAAUGUAUAAAAUCGUACGUCGUCGUUUACUAAUUACUGACCCUAAAAUUAUUAUCAUACACGAUGUCCCGUUACAAACAUAUAUUAUAUCAAAUAAAAAUAUACACGAUAAACAGCGUCUUAUUGUUAUUACACUGUUAUAAUGUUAUUAUUAUUAUUAUUAUUAUUAAUUUUUUUUUAUUAAGAAUACGUGGCUAACCUAGAAGUUAAAACGUUUUACCGUAUAUAUAUAGGUAAAAAAAAAUUAAAUAAAAAUAUAUAUUAUAUUAUAGCUAUAGCCCGUGCACGGGGUAGGUAGUAUAGAUGUGAAAUGAAUUCGGACGGUUAUUUUUUUAUUAGAUUCGCUCGUCCACGAGCUGUUGUUUAUAUUUUGAUUGAAACAUAUUAAAAGCAAUAAUAAUAUUAUAUUAUACGCCAUUUUUUUGUAAUUUAAAUAAAAAUUUACAUGAAAUCA